AUGACCUUAACCGAUGAAGAAAUUAUCCGAAAAUGCAUGUUUUUCAUAGCACUGCGAACAAACAAAAGCGAAGAAGAGAAAAUAAAUGACAUCAACAACUACUUGGAAAGCGGAGGGAACAUCAACCAUGUGGACGGCUAUGACGAAGAUAAUUCUCCUCUUCACAUAGCUGUCAAGAGGUCAGAAAAAGAUGUCGUACGUCAUUUAGUGCAAACAAGAGCGUUUGUGACACAGAAGAACAAGGCCGACAAGACACCAAUGGAUCUAGCUUUAGGAAUAAACACUGAAGCCGGUCGCGAAAUCGUGGAUAUACUAAAAAAUUGCAAUGUCGGUCCUCCCCAAAUUAAAAACGCAGUCGAGAAAGUCAAGUUGCCGCCAAAAAAGGCGAACGCCGGUAAAACAUCCAAAGAGAUCCUAUUCCCGAAAAGGGUCGGGACAUCGGCCGUCGGCGGACAACUUUACGAGACGAAACUGCUAAGUUUAAUUUUAAUGAGAGCAGCGAACGACAAAGACAUCGCUAAGUUUUGUUUGGCCACAAAUGUGCGACACAUAGGGGCUUUGGACGACAUAUUUUUUAUGUACAAAGUGAAAAACGACAAUAAAGUCGUUGUAUUGGCUCUCCAGGCGAAGCACAGAGAAGAUAUCGACAAGGGAAGGCUAUCAGUCAACGAUUUAUUUCGCGAUAACAGCGACUUUAGUUUGCCGCAAUACUUCGACAGCUAUUUACGAAUCAAAGAUAAACUGCAGGCGACAAUCAGUAAAACGUUGAUAGCCGAUGAAAAUGUUGAUACGGAACUUAAUUUGGUGCUAUAUACUCCCGUUAAAGACAUUUUCGAUAUGAAAUCAGAUAAGCACAACGUUCAAUGUCACAAAAUUCAUAAUCUCAUACGCAGUGGAAAAAACAGUACAAAUUUUCAAUUUAAGUACAAUGAUGAACAUAUAAGUUUUUUAACUCGUUCAAUACAAGAGGAACGUGUUAAGUUAUUAGGUAAAACGUUUCUGAAUUUCAUAAUGUCACCCAAAAAAAUUGAUAUGAUCAUGACUGACCAGCUAAUAAGGAAAUAUCACGUGAUUCUAUCAAGAAAAGUUAUUCAAAUAAUUGCUACACAAUCUGAAGAUUAUAUUACAUGUAAAUUCAGUCAAGAGUUUUUUGCUACUAAUGAGGAUAUAUUUGUUUUAUUGAGAGACACAAUUUUUAAAGAAACAGUUCAGAACUAUUGCAAAGAUACGAAUCUUCGUAAAGAAGAAAUUAUCACUUUAUGUAAGAAGUUAAUGAAAGAGCCCUCUAGUUUAAGUAUCAGUGAAAUUAUCGGCAAAAUAGUGACGUACGAAGAUAAACUCGGUAAACUUAAAUUGAUCGAAUCAAAUUUAACAUCCAAAGAAUUCAGCGGUGAAGAGAAAAAAAGACUGAACCAGGACAUUUUUAAUGUUGAAGUUACUUCGUCUAUUGUACAGGAAGCUAUAAAUAUAGCAGCCAAAGCACGGUUACAGCCACUAGUGUUCAAACUACCGUCAUAUUUCGGAACAUUUGACUUAUUGAAGAAAAAUGAUAACAAAAUAAAAAAGCAACUGAAUUUCAUGGCGUCGAAAUUUAAAACCCUUUUCGAAUGUGAAAAUAAUGUUAUUGAGAUAACUGAAAAUGAAAUAAAAUCUAAUACAGAAUCGAACGAAAGUAAAUUAGAUUAUCGCUUUUUCGAAAUAAGCGAUGGUAUAGGUGGAGCGGUCGGCAACCUGAUUGUAUGCGAUAACGAUACGAAAAUGUUAAAAUUUAAUACUUCGGAAGUUUUACCGGAAAGGGCUAAUAAACUAUUGCUCGUACUAAAAUCAGUUCUGCCCGAAGGUAAAAACAUAGAGGACUACAGGCUAAAAAUAUGCCUAAAGAAUUUCCCUAGACUUUCGUUUCUCGAAGAUGAAUAUGAUAAAAUGGAGGCCAAACAGUUCCUAGAUCGACUUUGGUUUUACACGAACCAAGCGAAAGAGGACGAGGUUGAGAAGAUUGUGAAAAAAGAAGUUGAUAAAUUCUACAACGCUGAGAGAGGCGAAGAUAAUUUUCUAUUCAGGAUUCAUUCGGAUGCUGUGUAUCUUCGAUUUCAUGACGAGAUACAAAAAUGGUGGAUGCUUCCCUCCGAAGCUGCGUAUUUAACUAAAGACAGCGAGAUAUUCGAAAAAUCCAAAAGGGAUAUUGUCGACAGUCCUUUAUUGACAGUCCUGAAUAUAAUGUAUGUGAAUAAAGUGAAGAAGUUUGGUAUAGAAUUUUCUAUGGAUGCAGUAAAAGCGCUCAAUCUAGACGAAUACAAGACUGGUCUUGUGAACGUCGUCACGGACUCAAACAUACUCACGGGAAUCAAAAUAAAACAAUUUUUCAGAAGCGCUAAUGAUUACAUAUUCGUGGACUUCGACUACGUUCUUAGUUUGCCUCCGAACGAUUAUAACAGCAUGUUCUUGGAGCUGCAGUAUUCCAACGUUAAAACUCUGAUAGUCGUUUACGAGCCACCUAAGAACACGAACGGGAUAGACGGGAAACUGAAGCUUAUUGUUGAAAAAUUUAACGGGCCAAGAAUUAUAAUUGUCACGAAUCAAGUUCUGGGGUCUGAACUCGAAAAGGAGUUCGAAUUAAAGUACAAUAAGGUCGCGGACGAGCUCAAUGGUUUUGAUCAGUUCGUACCGAAAUCUCAGAGGAAAUUCUUCGAAGAUUCAACGAUUGUUUUUCAAGGGGAAGAUGUGGAUCUCGCAACAGUUGUAGACGACGAUUCGAAAUACCUAUUAAAAGCUCCCACAUUAACCAAAUUGAUCAAUAAAGAGAAAAUAGAGAUAGGGAAGUCUAUAACGGACGCUAAAUACGAAGACAUCAAGAAAUAUUUCGUUAAAAGGUGUUUGAAAAAAGAUGACGUCAAAGUUGAAGUAAACACUUUCCAAGACAUUGAUGAUGAUGUCACAGUCAUUAUAGCGAAGCCUAAUAUGGGGAAAGCUACUCUUCUUACCCAUUUGUCAGUGGAACAUAAAAAGCUGUAUACUUCUAGUUGGAUAGUACGCGUUAACUUGUCGGACCAUUUGAACGAUUUCGAAGUCUGGCGAAGGGGUAACGUAAUAUUGGACAAAAAGAAGAUAGUUAAAUUUAUGUGUACUGUAGCUUUGAAGUCGGUAAACAACAAAACGGUGUUCGAAUUAGAAGAACGCGACUCGGAAAUCGUUUUAGUUUCUCAUGAUAAUCUCGACCCGUCGAUAUUACUGGAGCUAGAUUUGUUCCUGUAUUAUUACAAUAAACGUAGGAUAAUCUUUUUAUUUAAUGGAUUCAGUAACGCCUGCCCCCCUUAUGAGAAACAGACUAUGAGCAUUUUACGUAACAUACACAACGAUAAAAAUAGAUUGUGGAUUACGUGUUCUUUGUAUGUGCACGCGGUUAAUGUCUUAAAAAAUGUUUUCGGUACGCCUUAUAGUUUGGAGCCGAUAGAUCACGAAGGUCAGAAAGGUUUCUUUUACAAAUUUUUCAGUACAAAUCUGAAACUGGAAAAACUCAAUCACGAACAGUUCAUGAACGUUAGCGACUUCUUCGAAUAUUUCACCGGGAUCGAUAGUUUCGGUAACGACGAACGUAAAAUGAUGCCAUGGAUUAGCACACCCCUACAUUUGCUCUAUUUCGUGGCCAUGGACUUCUUUAAAAGCGAAUUAAACAGCAUCACAACUAAAAACGUUAGCGACAAAUUAAAAGAGAAGUUUAAUUUCGAUAUGGACAAACUAACGACGCUAGGGACGUACUUAGACAAGGCCCCGGACGCGGUAGAUGCCGUCGAGUUAGCCGGUACACCGCUGCACAUGUAUUUGGCGGCGAAUUACUUUGAAUGCAAAGUAAAAGAUGGGAACAAGAAAAUGAGGAUUGACUUCGACAGUAGGGAGGUUAAGAGUAAAUGGGACUUGAUCUUGAAUAGUUUGUCCUUAUAUAGACAAUUCCUUGAGGCCAACUUGCAGAACUUGUGCGGCGAUGGCAGCGUAAGCGAAACGAUUGAGGACCAAAAACGUACGGAAUUCUUUGUGAAACAUAAAAGGUUGGCUCUCUUGGCCGUAUGCAAAGAGGAACAUCUGAAGCAGUUACUUUCUGAAGACGAAAUAAAAGAAGUAAAAGAAACCGUGACACGUCUGCAAACCGGCGAGGAGAAGUCGGAGCUGGUCGACUGCGUUCUGAACGAUGUUCCCAGGUUUUUCCACGCAGUGCUUGCCGAGUACUGCUUGUUGGAUUGUGUUAUUGAAAUUAUGAAGACCGCAGAUCCGAGAAAUGUAAUCAGAAACAGGCAACUAUGGGAUUUCGUUGUUAAUAUAUUUCUUCUUAACUGUCCAAAGUCGGUUAGAAAGGCUUUCGAUUAUAAAUUGAAGAACGAUUCAGAAUUGUCGACUUUAACCGCAUCGGAUCAGUGUAGGAAGAUUGUGUUCGAUCUACUAAUAAGAGAUAAUGAUAAAGAAAAUGAUUCGGGAGGCGGUACGCAGUCUCCUCUCAAUUUGGCUGUGAAUGAAGGCCUAUCAAAUUUGGUGAAUGUCCUCGUUAAAAGUAUCGAAGUGAAUUUGGACAAAGAGAAUGUUACUAGCAUAUCACGGUUCUUCGAUAAGACCUCUUUACUGUUGGCCUUGUUCGAUUCUGACUAUAAGCACGUUGGCAGAGAACUAAUGCAGAUUAUUAGGGAUUUUGAUAAAGACCUAUUCACAAGCAUGAUCAAUUCCCACGAUCUAAUAAAUUUAUCCACUCAAUUCUUUUCUUGUAUCAACGAAGAAGCCGCCAAAGAUAUCCAAAAAGACCUAUUUAAAGCCCGAGAUGCGUUACUAGAUCAGCUAAAGCCGGAAACAGUUGACUUAAUAAGAGGCGUUUGCGAUAUGUUUAAAAAUGUCAGAAAAAACAGGUUGAAAGAAUGAAUUAAUGGAAUUCAGUGCAAUAUUUUAAUGUGAUUGAUUUCAUUCUAAAAAAAAAAUUACUGGUGUUACGGCGUGCUGUGAGCCCGCCAGGGUAGAUAC